AUGGUACCCAUAUACUAUUUAGACGAAACGUGGGUCAAUGCCGGUGAAACGACCAAAAAAACAUGGGUCGACAAGACCGUCAAUUCACCACGGGACGCAUUCCUGAAGGGGCUCACCACAGGUCAAAAGGAGCCUUCAGGGAAGGGCAAACGACUCAUUGUGUUGCACAUUGGGUCGUCUGACGGCUUUGUUCCAGGAGGCCUUUUAUACUUCGAAUCCAAGACGAAUUCCGCAGGCUACCACAAUGAGAUGAACGGUGACACAUUUUAUGAAUGGUUUGUCAAUAUUCUACCGUCUUUAAAAGAAAAUGCCGUCGUCGUCGUGGACAAUGCUCCUUACCAUAGUGUGAAAACGGACACUAUUCCAAAUAUGUCUUGGAAAAAACAAAAAUUAAUCGACUGGCUGGAAAAUAAAGGCCAGAUCAUAGACAGCGAUAACGUGGUCAAAUCACAGCUGAUGGAUAAAGUCGAACUUUGA